CAUGAUAAAGAAAGGGUUGUCCCGAGCAGAAGCAGGCGGGUUUAUUGUUUCAAGUCCAGUUUGUCGGCUGCACUGAAUAAUUUCGCAAAAAGUUUGAAGAACUUCAUUCCAGCCUCCGCUGUUCUUCCUGGCGAAUUCCGCUUCUCAUUCUCUCUGUCUGCAUCUAGACUUUAGCAAUCAGCCGUGCCUACAAUGUAUGACAGCUCAGCCCUGCUGCCUUUUCUGUUAACUCUUCUGCUAUGCAUUGGACUGAACCUCAUUUCAGCGUACUCUGGUGCCGAGAAAGAUCUGGUUGUCCCUACUGAGUUGCUGGAGGACGAGAUUCACCUGUUGUGGGAGCGAGACUCGCAGAAGAGUAGACGCCGUGAUCAGCGCUCUGUGUUCGAAGCUGACGCUCGCAGGUGUAAAUCCCAAGGAGACCAUGGUGAAAACGUGUUCAUCCGACUGCCUGCCUUUGGGAGAGAGUUGUAUUUGCAUCUCAAGAGAGACGUCGGAUUCCUGUCCGAGGGCUUCAUUAUCGAGGAGAGGGGAGAUAAAGACCCCGAGGGGCUGGCCCAUAUUCCAGGCGGUUUGCAGUGCUUCUACUCGGGACACGUUCUGAAUUUCAGCAGCUCAUUUGCUUCUGUCAGCACUUGCAAUGGCCUGACUGGUUUUAUCCAAAUUGGAGAUGAGAGGAUGCUUAUUGAACCAGUAAACAACACUCUGAGUGAAUUCAGUGGGAUGGAGCACAAUGUUUUCAGACAGAAGAGAUCUCCACGAUCUAACCAGCAGAAUUCCAAAGCACACCAGGAGUCCUGCAAAACAGUAGCAGGAAAGAAGCACAAGAAGUCCAAAUCCACAGAGGAUGGGAGGGGCAGAAGGAAUGCCAUCCCAUUACACAACGAGUACACCGUGGAGACGUUGGUCGUGGCUGACUCGGACAUGGUGCAGUACCAUGGAGCUGAGGCUGCCCAGAGAUUCAUUCUCACUGUCAUGAACAUGGUGUACAACAUGUUCCAUCAUCAGAGUCUGGGUGUCCGAGUUAACAUCCGAGUGACCAAGCUGAUCCUGCUUCGCAAGCGCCCUGCGAAGCUGAAAAUUGGGCACCAUGGGGAGAGGUCCUUGGAGAGCUUUUGUCACUGGCAGUACGAGGAGUAUGGGGGCGCCCGUUACCUAGGUAACAACCAUGUACCUGGUGGAAAGGACGACAUUCCUCCUGUGGACACUGCUGUGUUUGUUACCAGGACAGAUUUCUGUGUCCAUAAAGAUGAACCCUGUGAUACAGUGGGGAUCGCCUACCUUGGAGGAGCAUGCAGUCAAAAGAGAAAGUGUGUGCUGGCGGAAGACAAUGGCCUCAACCUGGCAUUUACUAUAGCACAUGAGCUAGGCCACAACAUGGGGAUCAACCAUGACGAUGACCACCCAUCCUGUGCUGGCCGCUCCCACAUCAUGUCCGGGGAGUGGGUGAAGGGCAGGAAUCCCAGUGACCUGUCCUGGUCCACCUGCAGCAGGGAUGAUCUGGAAAGCUUCCUAAGGUCGAAGGUCAGUGCCUGCCUGUUGGAAACGGAUCCUCGGAGUCACCAUGUGGUGAGGCUGCCUUCCAAGCUGCCAGGCAUGCACUACAGUGCUGACGAGCAGUGCCAGAUUUUGUUUGGCACCAACGCCACGUUCUGCAAUAAUAUGGAGCAUCUGAUGUGUGCUGGUUUGUGGUGUUUGGUCGAAGGAGACACAUCUUGCAAAACCAAACUGGAUCCCCCACUGGACGGCACAGAAUGUGGUGCAGACAAGUGGUGCAGGGCUGGAGAAUGCGUCAGUAAGACCCCGAUCCCGCAGCAUGUGGACGGAGACUGGAGCUCCUGGAGUCAGUGGAGUGUGUGUAGCAGGACCUGUGGCACUGGAGCCAGAUUCAGGCAGAGGAAGUGUGACAACCCACCCCCGGGGCCAGGUGGGAAGCAUUGCCAGAAAGCCAGUGUUGAGCAUAAAGCCUGCGAGGGCCCGCCCUGCUCAAAGGGGUUUCCUACCUUCCGGGACCAGCAGUGCCAGUCGCAUGACAGGCAAGCUAGCAAGAAGCAAAACCACUGGACUGCCGUUAUUAAUGAUGAAAAGCCAUGUGCCUUGUUCUGUAAUCCACUGGGAAGGGACUCUCCUGAGCUGGUGGCUGAGAGAGUACUUGACGGCACUCCUUGUGGACCGUAUGAGACUGAUCUGUGUGUGAAUGGAAAGUGCCAGAAAAUUGGCUGUGAUGGAGUCAUUGGCUCUUCAGCAAAGGAGGACCGGUGCAGCGUGUGCAAUGGGGAUGGCAAGUCCUGCAAGAUAGUGAAGGGAGAUUUCAGCCACGCCAGAGGAACAGUCACCAGUAGCCAUUGUAAGAAGGUUUCUACGUGUGUGAUGUCAAAGCCCAGGGCUGUUCCCAAGUGUUAUUCGUGUUACAUCGAAGCAGCUGUGAUCCCUGCAGGCGCCAGGAGAAUCAAAGUGGUGGAGGAUAAACCAGCGCACAGCUUUCUCGCUUUAAAGGACUCGAGCAAGAGAUCCAUCAACAGCGAUUGGAAGAUUGAAUUGCCCGGGGAGUUCCAGAUCGCCGGAACCACCGUCCGCUACGUCAGGAGGGGGCUCUGGGAGAAAAUGUCUGCCAAGGGACCCACUGAAACACCCCUGCAGCUGCUGGUGCUGCUGUUCCAUGACCAAAACUAUGGGAUCCAUUACGAAUACACCAUCUCAAUAAACCAGACUGAGAGGAACAAGAUCGAGCAAGCGAAGCAGCCAGAGCCACUCUACAUCUGGAGCCAUAGCAGCUGGGAGGACUGCAGUGUCCAGUGUGGUGGAGGUGAACGCAAAACUACCGUCUCCUGUAUGCAGAUGAUCAACAAGAUGAUGACCCUGGCGAAUGACAGCAGCUGUCAGUUAGAGAAUCGACCAGCCGCCCAGGUCAGGAGGUGCAAUAUACACCCCUGCCAGUCACGGUGGGUGACGACUGAAUGGGGUCCCUGUUCCAUCACCUGUGCGAAAGGCAUCCAGCUACGGGAAGUGACCUGCGUUUAUCAGCUCCAGAACGGCUCUUAUGUCAACACCCGAGAUAUCUACUGCCUGGGUCCCAAGCCAACCACGGUGCAGGGCUGUGAAGGUCGCGAUUGUCUUACAGUCUGGGAAGCUUCUGAAUGGUCAAAGUGUUCUGCAGACUGUGGCAAAGGCACCCACCGGCGCACAGUGACUUGCACCAAUUCUCAGGGGAAAUGUGACCCAGCGACCCGGCCCAGAGAGGAGGAGGCAUGUGAAGAUCACUCCAAUUGUUACGAGUGGAAGACCGGAGACUGGUCCAAGUGCUCCUCUACUUGCGGAAAGGGCCUUCAGUCCAGGGUGGUUCAGUGUAUGCACAAAGUGACGGGUCGCCAUGGCAACGAGUGUCCCUCUGUGACAAAGCCGCCAGCUUACAGGCAGUGCCACCAGGCAGCUUGCAACGAGAAAGUGAAUGUGAACACAAUUACAUCACCAAGGCUCGUUGCCCUCACGUACAAAUGCACAGGGGACCAGUGGACAGUCUACUGCCGAGUAAUACGAGAGAAGAACCUUUGCCAGGAUAUGAGGUGGUACCAGCGCUGCUGUGAAACCUGCAGAGACUUUUAUGAAAACCAGAUGCACCAGAAGAGUUAAUCACACUUUUUUUUUCUUCUUCUUGUGCCUCCUUAUGUAUUUAAAGUGUUGUUAUGAAGCAUAGGGGACGUGUGUGU